ACCCUUACGUAAGAAUAUUCCGUGCUCAUAUAAUUAUUUUAAAUUAUCGUUCACCUUAUUUGAGAAGAAUUUUAUCAACUAAUAAAAAGAAAAAUGAUGAAACUUUGGUUAAUAUUAAAUUACCAAAUAUUUUACCCGAAACUUUUCAAAUAAUUCUUAGGUAUAUUUAUGGUGGAAAGAUUUUGUUAGAAGAAUGUGAUACUUCAGACAUUAUUAAAAUUUUGAUCAGCGCAAAUGAAUUAAGUCUUCAAGAACUAGUUCCCCAUUUACAAUCUUUUUUAAUUAGAAACAAGACAAAUUGGUUAGAACAAAAUUUAAGUUCAAUAUAUCAAUUAAGUUUUGAAAAUGAUUCUUUCUUGGACCUUCGAAUGUUUUGUACAAAUUUAAUAUCUGAACAACCAGAAAAAAUUUUUAAUUCACCUGACUUUACUUCAAUUCCAGAAAAAUGUUUAAUCUCUAUUAUUCAAAAUAAUAAUAUUGAUAUGAGUACGGUUCAAGUUUGGGAUUAUGUACUUAAAUGGGGUGUUGCUCAAAAUCCUGAACUUUCUUCGGAUUAUACAAGUUUUUCAAAUGAUGAUUUUAACGCUUUAAGAAAUACUUUGCAGAAAUGUAUUUCUUUUAUUGGAUUUACUGAUUUUACUCAUAAAGAGUUCUUGCAUAAGGUUCACCCAUACAAAAAGAUUAUUCCUGAAGAAAUGUAUGAAAGUUUGAUUGAAUAUUUUUUGGAUCAUGAUUGUAAUCAACCAGAACCGCGGAUAAUUAGAGGAAUUAGUAAUCAAAGCGAUAUCAAUUCAAAUCCACGGAUAAUCGGAACCAGUAAUCAAGGUAACGACAAUCAAGAGCCCUCAUUAUCACGGGUAAUUAAAAGCACUAGCAAUCAAAAUAAUGACAAUCCAGACCCAGAGAUAUUUCCAGUACGAGGGUUAUUCGAAAGUACCAGCAAUCAGAAUAAUGACAUUCCAGACCCAGAGGUAUUUUCAGAGCUAACAAUAUCCAGAAGAACUAGUAAUCAAAGUAACGACAAUCCAGAACCAGAGAUACUUCCAAGACGACGAAAGGCACGACAGCGGAAAUCAAAAAGAGCUAGUAAUCAAAGUAACAACAAUCCAGAACCAGGGGCAAUUCCAGGGUUAUUUAGAAGAAGUAUUGAUCAAAGCGACAAGAAUCCAGAACCAAGGGUAAUUCCAGGGUCAUUUAGAAGUAGUAGUAAUCGAAGUAACAACAAUCCAAUAAUAAUUCCAGGGGCAUUUAGUGAUCAAAGUGAUAACAAUCCAAAACCAGGGGUAAUAAUUCCAGGGGCAUUUAGUGAUCAAAAUCCAAAACCAGAGGUAAUUCCAGGGGCAUUUAAUGAUCAAAGUAACAACAAUCCAAAACCAAAGGUAAGAAUUCCAGGGGGAUUUUAUAGUGAAUAUAAUGGAAAUAUGCUUUUUUAAGUGAAAAUAGCAGUUAAUAAGUUAAAAAUAGAAUUUAGGAAGCCAAGAAAAUAUCGUAAUUAUAGAAAAAAUGAUGUUUUGUAAUCUACAUUUUUUAACAAUUAUAACUAUGCAAACUAAAUUUGCCGCUAGUAACUACAUGAUUGAGUUUUUAUUACUGGCCGAGUUUUUUUGAGUGUUUACGUGUUUUGUCA